GGUUUUCUCCAGGUUGCGGGAAACGUCCCGCGGGCUCGCGGGUCAUGAAUGGUGAUAAUKCSGCACCCMAUGCUUGGCCAUGGCAAAUAUCUCUUCGUUCUGGACCCAAGCAGUACCACAUCUGCGGCGGGACUUUGAUUCGUCCAGAUUGGGUAGUGACCGCUGCACACUGUGUUGCAAAGAACCCAGAUGACCCAAGCCAAUUUAGUGUAAGAGUAGGGGCCCACAGGAGACAAGGAACGACCAGCGUUCAACAAAGUCUUCCCAUCAAAAGRAUYAUURUGCAUCCMGAGUAUAAGAACAAGAGAGGUGUAUUUAACGAUAUCGCUCUGAUUGAACUCAGUAAGCCGGCUGCUCUCAGUGACAAGGUUAACUUGGCUUGUCUACCCACUAAACACGUGACUCUAGGAUCCAAGUGCUACAUCACAGGAUGGGGUCGAAUGGAAAACGGUGCUGCAGCAGACUAUCUUCAGCAAGCUGUACUCCCCCCGGUUUCACAAGAAACCUGUAGAAAGAAAUGGAAAGUUGAAUUUAAGCCACAUCUAUGUGCAGGCGAAGCAAAGUGGGGUACUACAGGGGGUUGCCAGGGAGACAGUGGUGGCCCCUUAGUGUGCGAGGAAGGUGGUCGAUGGGUUCUACAUGGCGCUGUUAGUUAUGGCUUGAAGUAUUGUGGCUCGGCUUACUACACUGUUUUUGCAAGGGUCUUCACUUACAUAGACUGGAUUAAUGGUUACUUAGGAAUAGGUCCAUUACCGAGCGGACGACCCACCCCGCCUGUUCCAGAGACGACUCCCUCACCCGAUACGCCUCCUCCGCGACCACCUACAUCUCCACCAGGCGGUUGCACUGACCGAUGGGGCUCGAGGUGUAGGUUUUACAAGGGCUCGUGUUCYCUUGGCCACAUCAAGGCGGUCUGCAGGAAAACAUGCCAAGCUUGCUAACUCAGCUUAAACUUGGAAGUGACAUGUAUCUGUCAUACAAAAAUUAAUCAAAAACAUUAAAGGAAAUAAGUAAUGUAUUAUA